AUGACUGAAUGGUGUGUUAUUAUUUAUGAUAAAGCUGGCUCCGAUAGAUCUAAGCUUAGACCACAGCACUUAGCUGGUAUUCCUCCUCAAGUUGAGCAAGGAAAGUUGGUCUGUGCAGGUGCCAUUUUCAAUGAACCUACAACUCCAGGUGGUGAACGUACUUUUGCUGGUUCCCAUUUACAAGUGGUCGCUGAUACUAAAGAAGAAGCCCUAAAAAUUGUUCAAGGUGAUAUUUUUGCUAGAGAAGGUAUCUGGGAUAUGGAAAACAUCAUUAUCUAUCAAUUUGGUUGUGCUGUCCGUCAACCAAAGAAGUAA